AACAUUUUAAUCGCAGUCAUGGGUGAUGAACUUGUUGACGAAGAGUUGUCAUCGUCAAGAGAUGUUGACGAAGAAAUGUCAUUAUCUGAUCAGCUUUUCAGCCUUUGUAAUUCGCUUGGGAGAUAUGAACGAGUCAUAGGACCUGACAAUAUGGUCACUCAGAGGUAUCAUUUAGGAGAUGAAUGCUUAGGUUGUCUCAAAGAUAUGAAAGAAGUCCUUCGAUAUGAUGACCACACAACUCUUGAAGUGCAUUGCGAACUUUGGAAAUUAAAAAUUUUAGAAAAGGAUCUAAUUCCUAUAAUCAUGUUAAAUCAGGAUCCACUUGAUAUUCCUAUGACAAGGCCCUUUGAUUUAAACGCUGACAUUGAUAGUUUGGAUGAAGAGGAUGUAGAUAUUUCACAAAUGAAUCGUGCAAAAAAGGAACGCGUAAAAUCUCAAUAUGAUUAUAAAGAAGCAGAAAAAAGAGCAAAAAAAUUAUUAGAGGAGGAGCAGGUUAAAAAAUUGAAAAUUCAAAAUAAAGACACUCGAUAUAAUGGAUCUGUCUGGAUUAAAGUGCCACCGGAAGAAGACCCAAAUACGGAUGAUGAUUAUGAAGAGAUAGAAUAUGUUAAAAAAAAAAGAGUAAAUAUAAAAGCUCAUCAAUCCACUUUUAAAGAAUAUCAGGAGCUUUCCAUUUUAGAACUUUUGAACCGUAUAUCAAUUUACUUUGAAGGACUGCAAACAUUGACAACAUCGCAAAGUGAAUUUAAAGAUUUUAUUAGGCUUGUUUCUGAAAGUUUUUUUGAUUACGCUGCAAAGAACGAUUUGAUGUAUUGCGAGGUUUUUACUCCAAAAACAAAACGUAAUUUGUUAUGUUUGGAAGAUGGUUAUAACCGCAACGACGAUGAUGCAUCAGUAAAUGAAAAGGAUUU